GGACUUUAUUAUUCGGCCUAGCAUUUGUAGGAUAUAUAAGACUUGGCAUCUUCUUCAACCUGUCUGGAAGGAUCUCAAGAAUCAACACGGGAAUACUCCACUUACCAGCUCUCUAUCUAAACAUUCAUUCACGAUUAAUAUGGCGAGUCUUGCGGAAAACUCUCUCCCAGACAACUACACCGGCUUACAAUUCCAUUCCUCAUCUUCACCUCCCACCCUUGUAUCGUUGAAGACUCCAACCCCCACUGCUGGAACCGUUAUCGUUAAACCGCUAUACUCUAUCAUCGUUCAGUAUGCUAACCAAAUCUUCACAAAUGGGAAUCCUAGAGGUUAUAAAUAUCCUUUGCCUAUAGUCCCCGGUGGUUCAUGCAUUGCUCGCAUAGCUGCCGUGCCAUCAGAUGCCACAAGCCUAAAUCCAGGCCAGCUGGCAUUCGUUGAGUUGACCGUAAGAUCUCGAGAAGACCCUAAUAUUAAGGUUUUGAGGUCAUUCAACGAGGGCCCCACCGAGGCAACGAGAAGAUUGAUGGGAGGAUGGCGCAACGGGUCCUGGGCUACGUUGAUGAACGCCCCGCUGGAGAGCGUACACGCCCUAGAUGAGGGUAUUCUAGUUGGAAAGCUAGGAUAUAAGCUCGAAGAAUUUGGAUCGCUCUCCCAACUAGUCGUACCAUACGGCGGCCUCGCGGAUGCCGAUUUGAAACCUGGAGAGACUGUCUUGGUUGCUCCGGCUACCGGAUCUUUUAGCAGUGCUGCUGUUCAUGUUGCUCUCGCCAUGGGAGCUAGGGUUAUCGCUAUGGGAAGAAACGAGACAGCCCUCGCUGAGUUGAAGAACCUCGCAGAGCCCGGAAGGGUUGAAAUUGUCAAAAUUAGCGGUGAUUUUGAAGAGGAUUUAAAUGCUCUAUCAAAAUUCGGACCAAUAGAUGUCUAUUUUGAUAUCUCUCCACGUCCAGCCAGUACAAGCUCGCACAUCAAAGCAGGCAUAUUGGCUUUGAGAGCGGGUGGACGUAUGAGUUUGAUGGGAGGAAUUCCAGGUGACAUUGGCCUACCCUACUGGCAUAUCUCACUGAAUGGAAUCACGAUAAAAGGGACAUUUAUGAACACGAGCCAGCAGGCCAAAGAUCUAAUAAAACUUGUUGAAAGGGGGGUAUUGAAGAUUGGGUCUAGAGCUGGUAUGGAAGUAGCAGGUAAAUUCAAGCUGGAUGAUUGGGAAGACGCGAUUAAUGCUGCUGCUGCGAGAGGAGGGCCAGGCAAGAGUGUGUAUUUCACUCCGAAUGCAGAGUAGGCAUUUUCGAAUUUGAAUGAGAAGAGAAUAAUUCGCGGAAUAAGAUAAC